GUGGUUGUGUGAGGACGAGAACUAUUUAUGUGUAUUCAUACAAUAUUAGAUAUAUAUUUUUAUGUAUGUAUACAUGUAUCAAGCCAAUGCUGUGCUAAAUCAGUAGGAGAGGAUACGAGGGUUCAAUAUACGGUGUUUGCGAUGCUACUCCAUGUAUCGUCAUUUAAUACAGACGCCUAUAUUAAGUGAUUAGAAAUAGUAAGUUGACGUAUGAUACAACCCGGGCUGUUUGAGUAUGGCAAAGUCUUCAAUACACAAAUAUAGUUACAGGCAUACUAAUUAGACGUACAUACGUAAUUUUUCAUAUGAGAAGCUGCAAGUAUAAGUCUGUACACCAUAUACUCGAUAUGGGCUACUAAUAGCACAGACACGUAAUCACACGCACACAUCCUAUAUGCGCAUUCAUAUAGCUAUAUAACAAGGUGUAAAAUGGACAGCGUAGAGGAAAUACUCGGGAAGGCAGGUAUUAAGACUGGGUCUAUUAGUGGUACAGGUACAACACACUCCGCCACUAUUAUACCUAAUGUUCCCCGUACUCUCUCACACGACGUCUCGUUACCUCUGAGUACCAGUAAGAGUGCGCCAGACUACUCGAGCUUCAAACGCACACUAUCACACCAGCCUGCGAGUGCAACCAAGUCUACUAGUGCGCUCGGUAGUAUGUCUUAUGCCUUCCAGGGUGUGUAUAGUGGUGGUAGUGGUGUAAAUACAGGCGUAAACACAAGUGUGUAUCCACAGCCGAAUCCGUUGACACACAAUGCAUACGGACAAACGCAAUCAAUGCGGUCAUCAUUCACGUCACAAGCCCUACCUGUCACUAGCACUGGACAGGUAUUGAAUACUACUAAUACCAGUAGCGUAUCCAAUACUCUGGGCAUGUCUCUGAGUGAGGGGUUGAAUUAUAAUAGUAAUAUGCCGAAUCCCAGUACACUCCAGUCGCAGUAUAGCAGUGCAUAUACCAAUAGCUUACUUGGCCCGAGCGCAUUAAAUUACAGAAUACAGGCUGGUAGCACUGGAGCCCUCAUGCGCAGUCUAAGUAGCCAGCUAGGCACCGCAGCAUACACAAACUCGCUUCAGAAUAAUGCUACAGGUACACUUAGACGCUCGAUAUCAAACACACAACCAAACACACAGAUGAAGGAGACGGUGAACACAGGUGUGGCUGUGGACGGAAACGGGGACAAGGCGGAAAGCAAGGGGGUGGCUGGAAGUACUGGGCCUGAUGUAAAGAAUAUCCCUGUUGGUUCUAAUAAUAGCAACAACAACAACAGCAGCAACACUCUGACAAAUGUGGAGACGUUACUGAAUGCAUUCCGUGCAGAUCCAACACAGAAAGCGUCAGACCAGAGUAGUGCGAAUCGGCUGAAGACGAACGAUUCGGGUGCAAGUACAAAGAGCUCGGAACAACUGGGUGCUAGUUUAACGCCCAACGCAUUCCAGGGUAUGCACAUCAAUACCGAGACGACGAAGAGUUCGGUCAGCAAUGCACCGCCUACCACACACUUGCCCAGUCCCCUUCCAUAUGUGAAUAGUAGUAACACACAAUCUCAGUUAACCACUCAGACCUCGUCGGAUACUACCAACCCGUACAUACAACCACAGCCACCGAAUUCAUUCGCCAACCCCAACCCCAGCCCCAACUCAGCGACAAACCCGCUGAGCGCACAGGCGACCCACAACAGCGUCUCACAUGCACAGUCGGUGCAUACACCCUGCAGUCAUUUGCAGGUGAACAACAACAUCGUCAAUAUAUACGCGGACACCAGCACACAUAAUACGCCCGAAAUGUACCAAGGUACCGCCCCGGCUGGUGUGGCCAAUGCGGAUUUUGACCCGAAAACAAUGCUGCUGAAGGAGAAUGCGGCACUUUUGGCGGAGAUUGAGAAGCUGAAGAAAGUAGAGCACUUGGGGCUGAGUGAAAAGCGUAUGAUGAGUGCGUUUGAAAUCAGGGUGGGCCAGAAUCUGCUGUCUCUGGGUUGUGCCGAUGAGAUAUCAAUCGGAAACGCGGGCGACCAGAACCAGGAGAACCCAGAUUCAAACGGGGCAGGUGCGAAGGGCAAGAGCACUGCCUCAUCUGAUGGAGAGGAGGCGGAAAAUAGGACAGAGGGAAUUCUGUUGAAAGACACUGAUCUGACCAAAGUUAUGGGCUUAGUUAAAGACCGGGGUACUUCGCUCGAAUCUCCAGUCGUGGUUAAAAAGAAGGCACCCAGUCACAAACCCGCUGCCCAAAAGAAGUCAACAGCGAAAGCGACUAAGGCCGAUGCAACAAAAGCAACUAAGUCCGAUGCAACGAAAACUACCAAGGCCGAUACAAAAAAAGCGACCAAGGCCGAUGCAACAAAAGCGACCAAAGCCGAUACAACAAAAGCGACCAAAGCCGAUUCAACAAAAGCGACCAAGGCCGAUACAACAAAAGCGAGUAAGGCCGAUUCAACAAAAGCGAGUAAGGCCGAUACAACUAAAGCGACUAAGGAGAAACAACCCAAUCCGCCUGCCACCAAAUCAAACAGCAAAAAGGGCGGAAAUGGUACAAACACCACAGCACCAGAGGGCAUGAUCUUGGGACCGGUAGAGAAUCAUUUUGGUCUGAAUUUGGUUGAGAUCACCGAGGAGAACUUUCCGAAUGGUACACCUAUGGUCAGCAUAAUGAGUCCCACGAAGGGGCAAGGCAUGAGUGGGAACGCUAAUUUGGGACAAAAGCAGUCCAAACUCCCAAACCAGGGCGCCAUUAUUAUCGGGCCUAUCGUGACCCAUCCGCCGAUCAAGCCUCGCAAGAAAUACACCAAGAAAAAGAAAGCUGAGACAAAGAAUUCAAGCACAGCCAACUCCAACACCAAUACCGUACCGCCAAAGGUUGAUGGCAAAGAGAGUGCGGGUGGGGGGGGAAAGGCCAAGACAGGGCCUGUUGCCGGCCUAAAAGAGGCGGAGAAGAAGACUGGCGGUGUAGCAGGAAUCGGUCCUCCGCCGCGUGGUGUAGCCAUAACUAAGUCCACCGGUCCUAAUUAUGGGCCGGGAGGUGCCGGUACAUCGGGACCAGCAAACUUGGACACAGUUAACAAGAGUGCUAUACAGCAGGGCGCAUUCAAGAACACACCGACAGGCGCAGCCCAUGCGAAAGCGCAGGGCGAGCAUGCAGCUGGUACAGAUGUGAAUGCGAAUGUGAAUCCGCAAUUAUCCUCACUACCAAAUACGCACCCGAAUCCGAAUGGGUACGGGAAAGGUUACACGCGUCCCCAUGCAGAAUCGCAAGCACAUGCACUCGCUCAGGCACGUGGGCAAGGAUCGCCAUACCACACGCAGCAACAGCAACAACAACAACAGCAGCAGAAACAACAACCGCAACAACCAAACCCUAACUCAACCCCAAAUCCAACUCCAAAUCCGAAUUCAAACCCAACCCCAAUGCAGCAGCAGACACCUGGGUAUGCAACGUCCCAACAACCACCGCCGCAUGUGGCCUUCGCGUCGCGCACGAAUAGUACAGCGGAUAUUUACGGCCAGCAGUCCCAGGCUCACGCAUACACACCACAACAGCAAAUGCAACAGCAGCAGCAGCAGCAGCAACAGAGUAUGGCACACGCACGGGGUAGAACUGUGUAUGAGGGUGCGGGCAGGGGUAUGCCAGCAGGUAUGGGGGGACCAAUUGGCAGGUACGGUACAUCGCAUGCACCCGGAACCGUGUAUAGGACCAGUCCAUAUGCUCAAGGACAGGGCAGCCAACAGUCGAUGACCUCAUCUGUAGGCCAAUCCAUGGGACGCCCACAGCCUGGAGAUACCCAUCAGGCAAAGAGGAAUGGGUAUGGCUAUCCGCCAAAUAAUUUGGGUGCCAAUGCUACAUCUAAUCCUAAUUCUAAUCCUAGCUCUAAUCCUAAUUCUACUUCAAAUCCCAAGACAAGUCCCUACUCACAAAACAACUCCAACCCCAAUUCUCGUCCCAGCCCCAACGCACAUCCCAGUUACGGCCAGGGAGAGCUUGGCAGUGGUGUGCACGAGGGUAGUGUGAGUGGAGGGGGUAUCUACGGUGUGAAUACGAUGGGGGCGGGUGCCCCUUACAGCGCAGCGUAUGCGCACAGGCCCUCUGCUAUCGGUAGCAAUCACGAAGCUAGAACCUCUUCGUUCAUGGGAGGUAACCCCAAUUUGGGCAGGACCAAUUCUAGUAUGGGUAAUAAUUCCAAUUUAGGUAGCGCGCCUAAUUUGGGUGGCAAUCCUAUUCUCGGCAACAACACUGAUUUGGACCAGAAUUUGAACACCAACAACCCGGGAACCCAAAUUCAAGGUACUAAGAGAUCGGGUGCAAGUGCGGAUGGGCUACUGGGCCCUGGUAUAGCCACUACCAAGGCCGCCAAAAAGCCUCGCAAGAAAACCAAAAAGCAGUUGAAAGCUGAUGCGGAACUAUUGGAGAAGGAGAAGGAGACCGGUGGUGCGAAGGGGCCAGUACAGACACAGGCGUACAACCAUGGCCAACUGGGUGCUGCGUAUAUUGGCGGUAACGGAGGGGGUCUGUUCAUGAACACAAACACAGGUAUGGGCCUGGAGAUGGCUUCUUACUCCAAACCGCAACCACAACCACAUGGUCUUGCGGGUGACGCCAAGAACAGACCAUCUCAAGCGCAGGUGAUCGCACAGGCCGAGCACUGGGCGCAGCAAAGCUCACAGAACAUGCAGAAGACGAGCGGAUGGCCAGGCAGCGACUAUUCAAGGUUCGACAACAACAACAACAACACUAGGAAUAAGUCGUAUGAGGACGCGAAUGCGGGUUUAGGAGGUCUGGAGACGAUCCUCGAUUCCGGCGGUAGUCGUGCACAGGCGCAAGCACGUUUACAACCUGAUGCGUAUAAGUCGGGGUCGAAUCACUCACAAGAUUCUUACAUGCUGCAGCUGCAGCUCGCACAGCGUCUCAGCCAAGGCAAAGGCAACGAGGCGAUGGGGUCCAAGAGUGUUUCACAUCAACAGCAGCAGCAUCAACAACAACGGAGGCUAGUGCAGCAGGGCAUGGAUAGUGGAGCUCAGGCGUUUUCGUUCCGCAAUGCCAAUGCGCAGGGUGCGGGUACCAAGCAGUCGCCCGGACGAGUCGGUGGUAACGGGCCCCAACCAGCUCGCACGAGUGCCGCAGGGCAGCCGAGCACCCGUGAGUAUGCACAGUCACAAAGACCGGGAGAGCAAGGAGAGGUGUUCAGAGCCCACUCACUGGCACAUGCGCAGGCACAUGCGCAGCAGAAGCAGCUACAGAAUCAGCAUACACUCGACCGUUCUCCUGCUGACCAGACUCAGGCGCGAGCGAGUCCUAAUCACCCUAUGACCACGACCAAGCCAACCAUGCAGCCGCAGGGGUAUCAGGGUAUGUACAUGCCCGGGUAUGGCAUGCCGUACGCGGGCAUGUCAAGAGGAUCGGUCCUGGAUGCAGGACAGGGACAGGGCAUGCAUGUAUAUGACUAUAACACAGUACACUUACCACAGCAACAGCUGCUGCAGCAGCAGCCACAACAGUCUGGAGGGUCUGCGUAUAUGCAUGGGGGUGCGAGUUCGCUGACAAGUGGAAAUCACUAUGGCAACGGAGGCGGCGAGCAGUCACAUAAAGCCCAACAACGGGAUACGCUGAGGUAAAGAUGUCUGGCUAUUCCGGUCGGUGUACCUGUAUCAGAGUUGACCGCCGUGGGAGUUGCACCUGCACGAGGUUACGCCUAUGCGCUAUACAGUCGGGCUCUCGUACCAUCACCGUCACAGUGGGCUGGUAUGUACGCGCAUGGAUAUGCGAUCUUGGUGCUGUUCUGCAAUACGCCGUGUAACCAGCACGUGCACAUGGGGUGGUUGCACCACAUAGCCAACAUACUAUAGGAUUGCAGGGUGUAAGGGAGCUUACACCAGGACAUAAGUACGACCAUCUAGCUGAUGGAUUCGCAACCUGAUCUGUAUAUGUCUGUUGGGUUUCCAGACGACUUCAGACGGCGUUUUAAGUGUGAUACGGUUUGAUCCGUAUGUGUUUGCCACCAAAAGCUAUGUGACUCUGUGAGCCCCUUCCAGUCAGCAUCGCAACUGCUCUCUAUUGGUCCUCAGUGUCAGACGACCGAUCGUUUAGAGAUGCAGGGUUGCAGGGUUUGAAGAUUCGGCAUCUCUAGAUGCGUCUCCAAAUUCCAGGAAGGUGGCACGUGCGUAUAUGUUUAAGGAGACAUCGGGACGGUUAAGAUAUGUACGAGCAGCGGGAGCUGCGGAAGUAGGGAUUUAUUUGGUAGACGGUGAGGGCGAGCGUUGGGGUCAAAUGACGAUUGGCGCAUUGAGUGGUGGGUAACCCAUGAACCUGGUGGGAAUGCGCGAGUAAUGUGGUGUGGUGUAACGGGGACUCAGCAAGUCUACACGAUCUUUGAACACAACAUGCACCUAGCAAAGGCACAUAUGGACCGCUUCAUGACUACUUGUUCUACGAUACACCACUCGUGUAUAUGUAAAGGUAUAUGCGGUUGGAGCGUGAUGAAAGCCCCCGAUUGUAUCGCUGUAUAUGUGAGGGUAUGUGCGGCUGGAGCGCGAUUGUAUCGCGGGAGGGUUAUGGCGAAAUAAUUCCCCUCGCAGAUGAAAGACAUUUGUCUGCGAGGACAUGGGUAGGCGAUGCGGGUGCAAAGAAGUCAAAGUCAAAUACUAAACGUCAGUAUAUAGCAUAGGAUGACGGAGUAUUGACUGAUCACUUAUUCGUGGACUUCCGUCGGGUUUAGGACUCAAUAGAAGGUUGCUCGGACGGCUGGCUGAUAUGAGCAGUUGGCUGGCACUUGCGCACGAUCCAUUUGGUGAGGAAGUAUGAGAUUCCUCAGUGGAAACACUUGCACGCAAAGCGAAGUGUGUGGGGACGGGUAUGUCUGCUUUGUAGUCAUCGUGGUAUUAAUGAAGGGAUGCGGAGCAAUACUCGGGUUGGUAUUGUAGUCCUUUGAAAUGUAAUGAGCUAUAUGUAUUAAAGUAUAGCGGAACAAUAAACGACUAGAAAUUACAAUAUUUGUGUAGUAAAGCUCUAGAAUCUACAGUAUGUGUACAAUAGACCACUAGAGUCUAUAAUAUGUGUACAAUAAUAAAAAAGAUCUACUGUGA